GUAACAGCUGUGUCAGGUGAUUUAAAAACGGCUGUGCUGCUACUCCGUUGCAGUGUUUUACCUUUUUCUACCAUAUGCUUGGAGGACUGGCUGCAUGGACUCCUGCACGUGCUAUGCAGGGUGUCGGGUAUCACUUCCCUUAAAUGCCCUGCCCACACUUGAAAAUAUGCGAUUUGUGUGGAUAGUGGCGAGCCCCUGCCCUUCAUUAUCGUGAUUUAUCACAAUGCCAUGAUUACGAAAAACAGAGUGUGUGUCUCCUAAGGGCACAAGGCUGAACUUCCUGCUGACUGCAUUUAUAUAUAUUUUUUUUUUUAAUUGUCGGAAGUCGGCUGUCACCCGUCUUGUGGGGUGGCAAGUAUUGUGCUUGUGUGCAGAGAUGGAGAAGAUUCUCCUGGCCUGACCUUUCAGAACAUCUUCAAAUGUACAUGCACUUGGAGACAGUGCCAAUAAGGCUCAGACUUCACACUGAGUCACAAUGGACAUCCCCAUCCCCUCUCUGCUCUUGGCUCUGGGCGGGAAGUCCCUGCUGGACUGCACCGUGGUAUUGGUCCAGAGGAAGCACAUGGGCAGGAGCUUCCUGGGCGCCUUCUGUGUGUCGCUGGCAGGGGUGGACAUGCUGCUCCUCCUGUCCGUCUCCGCCAUCUUCCUCCUGGCCGACGUGCGCGUCCUGGGCCUGCGUCUCACCCGACACCACGUCUGCGCGCUAGUGCACGUGGCCUGCCUGGCGUACUCCGUCCUGCAUUGGCCCAUCCUCCUGCUGGCCGGCCUGGACCACUGCUGCACCCUGCCCCCCCGGCCCCGGGCCCAGGGCUGGGUCCGCGGGUGCGGCUACCCCUUGGCCGCCUGCCUGGUCUGGGCCGCGGCCCUCUUCCUGGUCCUCGGGGGCCCGCCCCCGCGCCUCAGCCUCGAGCCGGAGCCUCCCCUCCUGCCGCCGCGGGAGUGCCGGGUGUAUCGCGGCCCCCAGAGUGCGCAGGUGUGCGCUGCUCUCCUGCUGCUGGUGGCUGGAGCACUGCUGUGCCACUGGGCGAAGCUCACGCUACGCGGGAACGGCGGGGAGGCCCGCCAGCGGCCUGCCAUUUACCGGAGCCUGGCGAGCUUCCUGGGUGCCUGGCAUGCCUUCGUGGUCCUGCUGGUGGCGCUGUCGCUGCUGAGGGUGGAGGUGCCGGGGUUCCUGGACAUGAACGUGCUCUGGCUGUGUUUCCUCAACAGCUUCCUGAUUGGUGCUGUGUCAGCGUGGCGCCCCCCGGGGUGUCCCCACGAGGGGGACCCUGAGUUCCCUGCAUUCCCGGACGGCUUCUGUGACUGGAGUUCUCUUGCGGCGAUGCCCCCGGGAGCAGACGCCAUAUAAUUCCCAGACUGCUCAGUACAAUUCCCACUGCAGGCCUGGUAACAAUGGAUAAGUAAUUGAACAAAACAGACAUAACCCAAAAUUUCUAUUUAGUACUGUGGAUAAAUUAACUAAAAAACAAUCAUCAGAGUUUUCAACUUAUCCCGCCAAUCUUAGCAGCAAUGACUUUAUUAACUUUUUCGAUCAGAAGAGGCUAUUAGAGACCAGAUUUCCAAACUGUCUCCAUCAUGCACUAUUCCUGUUCAUGUUAAUGAACAGCCCCGCACCUGGUUAGAACAGGAAGAUUUACAGACAGUGGUACUAAACUGUUUUACGUGCAUUAGCAUGGUCGAGUUAUCCAAAUUAGUUAUGUCCUCAAAACCGACGAUCUGUCCACUCAAUCCUAUUCCUUCAAAUUGGAUUAAAGAACUAUUUCCGGUACUACUCCAGCAUAUACUAAAAAUCAUUAACACAUCCUGAUGCAACCCACCUAAGGGUCAGUUAGCAGUAGGUAAAUAUUUUCACGUUAAAGCUAGGUUCGUAAGGAGAGGUUAA